UAUGUAUACUCACCUUGUUCGGGUUUGUUUACGAAAGAGGUGGAUUCUGUGACAAAAAUAAGGACGCUGAGAACUAUCGUACCAACCAGCAGAGACAUUGUAGCUACAUUUGCAAUUGGGUUCGAUAUGUUUGAGCGUUAUCUUUCUGCACUUCAAUACCCUCGUGUAGGGCAGCUAAACAUCGAUGAUCCGAAGGAUUUUCGAAGUUUCGUACUGUGGCUGGAGGAUCAGAAGAUUCGCUUUCUGCCCAUUGACGGUCGGGAACCGUUGAGGAAAAUCAACUCGCCCGACGAAUGGAACCGGGCGUACGAACAGUACAAGAAAGACAUACGACUGCCACACCAUCUGAAAACGAAGCAGGAGGAAAUAACGUGGUUACUGCUGUAUGCGAUCCGGCUCGAGUACACUGAUAAUGCGGACCAGUACCGUUCCACGACGGGGGCUAAGAAAAUGGACGAACAAGCGAAGAGAUCAAGCGUCCCGGAAGUGCUAUCCACUAACCCGUUCGAUAGCCUAGACUUUACCAGCGCUGACUUUGAGGAUGGAUCGUGGAAGCUGGCCGAACGGUUGGGAAUCGCUUACCAUCCGGAUCACCUGCUGUCUCUGCAAGCGGCCGCAAAACUUAUCGGCAGUGCGUACAACAAAGAAGCCCUCAAGGAACGUGUCAUCACCGGGCAACCGUACCCGAUCGAGCAGGGCAGCGGAAUGGGACUCGAAACGGACCAGGAGUUGGAACAGUGCGCAAGGAUAUUGCGCCUGCUGCAAAUCCAGAACAUCCGUAAACUACAAACGACCAUUAACGAAACGAUUGUGUCGGUGCAGAAUGUAACGGCGGAUCCACGAACGGACACCAGCUUGGGGAAGGUGGGAAUGAAGUAA